UGAUAAAUUGAACAGCACGCGUGAUGGAAAAAAACCGGCUACAUUUAUUAUGAUUACUUCUGAAGAAAAAGUUAAACAAAUGUAUUAACACUGCGAUGAGUGCAAACAAGUUCAAAUUUUCAGAGCUGACUGAGCUAAUUUCUGAAUCGAAUGGUGGUAAAAUUAUUUUCGCAACAGACGAUUGGUUUGCUGUAGCAGAAAAUCUUUUGAAGGACGAAGAACCAGUGUGGCAAGAAGAAGCUUACACGGAAUUCGGAAAAUGGAUGGACGGGUGGGAAACCCGAAGAAGAAGAAGUGCUGGCCAUGAUUGGGCGAUAAUUGCAUUAGGACAUCGGUCUAUUGUCAAGGGUUUUUACGUCGACACUGGAUACUUUACAGGAAAUCACGCUCCGAGGUUUUCUAUCCAAGCUGCGCGAUUGGCAGAAAAUGAAAUUUCUUCAUUUCCGAUAAGAAACAGUCAGCUGGGAACUGCGGCUUCAAUGGAAGCUAGGAUGCAAAUAUCGCGCUUGAAAUCUGAGAAUUGGACGACAAUAGUCCCGCAAACUGAACUGCAACCAGGGUACGAAGCGACCCGGCGACAAAAUUUCAAUUCAACCUCGACAGAGCAAUGGACUCACCUGCGUCUGAAUCUUUUCCCCGAUGGAGGAAUCGCGAGACUUCGCGCCUACGGUUUAAUUAUCCCGCAAUUUAAGCCCAGAGAAUUCGCGGUACGAAUCGAUCUGGUGGCUCAACAGAAUGGAGGAGUCUGCGAAGAGUACAGCAAUGCGCACUACGGUCACCCGCGGAAUUUGAUAAAGUCCGGAAAUUCCUCGAGUAUGAAGGAUGGAUGGGAAACUGCGAGGCGGCUCGACAGACCGCCAAUUAUUCAGAUAGACGACUCCGGAAUUCUCCAAUUUUCUGGAAGUGAAUGGGCGAUAUUCAGGCUCGGUUACGUCGGAACUGUAGACACUAUCGAGGUUGACACGGCGCAUUUCAGAGGCAACUUUCCUGACAGCGUCAAAGUCGAGGGAACAUUGGCUCCAGAUGUUACCAGCAAGAGUCUGAAUUGGAAGACCAUUCUACCAACCCAAAAACUGAGCCCCAACCGCUUGCACGUUUACACCUCAAUCACAUGGCCAGGGCCAGUGAGCCACAUCCGGAUAAUCAUCAGCCCAGACGGCGGAAUCUCGCGGUUCAGAUUCUGGGGGCAUCCUGAAAAUGAAAAUUUUAAAGAUAAUUAAGCGAAAAAAAAUAUUGGACAAUCUCGACUGACCUUUUAUAUAAACAUGAAUUAAAACCAAUAAAAAUUUGAAAUUUUGAAAAUAUUUAAAUAUAGAAAGCAUGAGUUGUCAUUUCACAGCGUACAGGUGCUGGAGAAUCGGCAAG